GGACGUGCCCAGCGUGGAUAAAACAUGCAAAUCAGCACUGGGGCACCAAGCUUAAACCAAGAUGAAGACAGAGCGAGCGGGUGACCUACGGGCUCUCAGCUGCCCAACUAUCCAUCACCUUCUGUGGCUGCUGGCCAUCUAUACAGAUCUAGUUGAAGUAGUGAACAUCACCGGUCACGUCCGGCACAUCCACGGCACCUACGGGCAGUCAGCCCUGCUCUCGGUACAGUACAGCAGCUCCAGCAGCGACAAACCGGUGAUCAAAUGGCAAGUGAGGAGGGAGAAGCCCAUCACGGUGGUGCAGUCUGUGGGCACAGACAUCAUUGGGAAUCUGCGGCCGGAUUACAGGGAUCGGAUACAGAUCUACGAUAAUGGUUCAUUGCUGAUCAGUAACCUCCUCCUGUCUGACGAGGGGAUGUAUGAGGUGGAGGUCUCCAUAACGGAUGACACCUUCACCGGAGAGAAAUCCAUCAACCUCACUGUGGACGUUCCUGUAUCUAAGCCUCGGGUGUUGGUUACUUCAUCCACCGUCCUGGAGCUGGCAGAGAAUUUCACCAUGAGCUGCAGCCAUGAUAAUGGGACUAAGCCGCUCUACACCUGGCUGAAGGCCGGGAAGACACUGACCAAUGACUCCAGGAUCCUGCUGUCCACCGACCAUCGCGUGAUGACCAUUACCAGAGUUAUAUUGUCUGAUGAUGACGUCUAUGGCUGCCUAGUGGAGAACCCCAUCAGCAUCGGGCGGAGCUCCCCUAUAAAAAUAACUGUCUACAGAAGAAGCUCCUUGUACAUCGUCCUGUCCACCGGGGGGAUAUUCCUGCUGGUUACACUGGUCACCGUCUGCGCCUGCUGGAAGCCGUCCAGGAAAGAGAAGCACAAGCUGGAGGCGCAGGCAUCAUGUGAAUAUGAUGAACAAUCCGAGGAUCCCCUAAAACACGAAGUUGAGGUUAUUCCACGGACUUUGGAACGAGAUAACAAAAACUCUGUGACUUUGUAUGUGAAGGAUAAGGAAUCUACAGAGGCAGAGGAAGACUCGCCGACAGAAUCAAGGACGGCAUCCGACACAUCGGGGUCCCCCAGUUAUACAAGCGGCAGAUCCCCCAGGCCGGCUACCCACAGGUACCACCACUCCCCGGUGCGGUCACCUCCUGCCAGCAGAGAGCACGGAUCUCCACCUAAGUCUACCGGCCCCCGAAGUACCGUCCGGCCGACGCGGGCCGCUGGCGUUCAGGUUAUCCGCGAACAAGAUGAAGAGUGUGCGAUGCAGAGUUACACCUGAGAGAGGUGCAAGAACUAAGGGGGGGCAAGGGGGACGGGGCAAGGACUGUAAUCGUCUCACAAUCACCAGGAUCUGGCGGCACGUAGAACAAUAGGUAGUAAGCGCCGUUCUCUGGAGCCUGUAAUGUGAUGUUCUCCAACCCGUGGCUCUCCAGCUGCUGCAAAACUACAAUUCCCAUCAUGCCCUGACAGCCGAAGGCUGUCAGGGCAUGAUGGGAGUUGUAGUUUUGCAACAGCUGGAGAGCCCCAAGUUGGGGAACACUGCUGUAGUGUAACAUAUGUCGCUGCCUAGUAACAAGGUGGCAUCUUCACCAUAGAUCUAUAGAAUAAAGUGACUUCGGUCAGUGGACUGAA